UACGGUUGACUCGGCUCAGUCUGAUCCGAGCCAAGCCACUGCCCUGGCACGACGUUGUUCGCUCUGUACGCGGUUCUAUCCGCUGCUAUUCUUCCUCCUGUUCUUGACACACAGCACGGCACAGUGCACUCGGGCCCGCGGUCUAAUCCACUGGUGUCAUCGAUUACCGAUCCAACUUGCUUCGUACGCAUCGAUUCUCGCUGCGCGGUCAGUUUAAGUCGUGGCGAGCUCCCGCUCUCGCCGAGUUCGCCCGACAGACGAAAAUCACCGCCUGAUAUGUCACAGUGCAUACACCAGCACCGUGUCGAUUGGUUCACGCGCGUCCAGUGAACGACCGACGGAGCUCGAUUCCUUGGCUUGGCUUCGCUCGUCGCACGGUUUUUGUUCGGUUUUUCGUUCUCGACGUACAUACUUAUAAAUAGUACGUCUGCGAAUCGUGACUCGUGCGCGCGUUCGUCAAUACAGAAACGUUUUAUGGACCCUGCGGUGAUUCGACACACCGGAAGUGUGAUGAUCCUUCUAGCGGGACGUGCUGCAUCGAUCAACGCGGCGACAGCGUACCUUCGAUCUGGGAUCUAAGUUUCGCGGUCAAGGAUGACCGAAACCGAUGAGCGGAUGAACGAGUAAAGCCAGGAAGGAAUCACAAGGGAAACGAGGGCUGCCGAAGGAAGAGAUGGUGGUGGAGUGGCUCUGCCCUGGACUUCGGCCGGCCGGAAGCCGUAGGCCCCGUCUUCUUCAUUGCAAAGUGAUACUUCUCGACGAACACGAACUACUGCAAGAUGUUUUGAGCUCGAACCUUGGUCAGGAACUGCUGGAUAGGGUGUUCAGGCACCUGAAUCUAUUAGAGACUGCUUACUUCGGUCUACGUUACCUGGAUCACAGCAAUCAGACGCAAUGGCUCGACCCGAGUAAGAAGAUCGGAAAGCAACUGAAAGUCCAAAAAGGAGAUCCGAGCUCGGAUGUCUACACUCUCUACUUCGGUGUGAAAUUCUACGCGGCGGACCCCUGCAAGCUCAUUGAAGAGAUCACAAGGUACCAGUUUUUCCUCCAAGUGAAGCAGGAUAUUCUCCAAGGACGACUUCCUGUGUCGUUCGACUUGGCCGCGGAAUUAGGAGCAUACGUCGUCCAAUCGGAACUCGGUGACUACGAUCCAAGACGACAUUCUGUGGGCUACGUUACUGAAUUUCGGUUUUUAGCGAACCAAACUACGGAAUUGGAAAAUCGUAUAGUGGAACUUCAUAAAACUCUCGUAGGACAAUUACCCUCUGCCGCGGAGCUGAAUUAUUUGGACAAGGUGAAAUGGCUGGAAAUGUACGGGGUUGAUUUGCAUCCCGUUUUGGGUGAAGAUAGCGUAGAGUAUUUUUUGGGUCUGACGCCAAGCGGGAUAAUUCUACUACGUAACAAGUCCAAAGUGGGAAAUUACUACUGGCCUCGAAUCAAUAAGAUCUAUUAUAAGGGUAGAUAUUUCAUGCUAAGAGUCAGCGAAAAGAAUUCUGAGGAGAGAACGCACGGUUUCGAGUCACCGUCAAAAGGUGCCUGUAGACAUCUAUGGAAGUGUUGUUUGGAACACCAAGCAUUUUUCCGGUUAAUGGCUACCGGUCCACCACCUUUGAGUCCUUACUCUCGUUUCCGCUCGUACAGUCCUCCGUCUAGCUCUGAGAAGCACACGGUGAUCAGACGGAAUCCACCGCCGAUUUUCCAGAGGACACCUAGUCGUAGGGCACAGCGACGCGUGGUCGAAGGCCAAGAAAUGGUCGGCCCGUUCGUGGAAACACCCGCGACAGUGAAUUCGAAUCCGAGUAGCAAUUCGGUCGGGGGAAACGUUCUGUGCAAUACUCAAAAUGCGAGACAAGUGAAUAAUUCAAGUCCCAGGAGCACCAGGAGCGCGCCGUGGACUCAGAGCCAACCUCGUGGUCUUUACACUUCGUCUAGUCCUCGGUCGGUCCGCUCUGCAGGAACGGCACCGGCACUCUUGAGCAGACUCCAACGACGGAGUAGCUCUGUAGAGAGCCAAAGUUCAGGUGACAGUCAUAGUCGCGGUGGUCAUCGUAGAAGAAGUCAUAGUCAUAGUCAUCGAAGACAUAGUCGUCACUCUGAUUGCGAAUCGGAGCUAUCGAGAGGUUCGGAUACAAGAUCGGGCCAUCGCAAGCACCGUAGAAAGCACAGAAGCUCCCGAUCAUCUAGACACGAAUUGGUAGAUUCCGAACCGCAAUGGAAAGAAGCACAGAAGCGGAAAGGCGAAGGAGUUCAACGGGCUGUUGUGAGCCACACGGAACCAAGAAGGAGGCAUAGAAGUAGACACCGGAGUCCUUCUCAAAAGCAACCAUUGCCAGACGAACUUAGGAAACACUUGGAGUUUGGGCUAGUCGAUACUUCCGGAAUGACUGAACAGCAACGACGAGAGAUACCAUAUACGGUGGUUCAAUCACAAUCAUCCGUACAACAAUGUACGCUACAGUCUAGCAAUUCUCGAUUGGAUGACGCAGACUCAUCGUCCCUACCUAGAACGAUCGGACCCGUUGGCAAAAGAAACAGAAGAACGAUACAACAUAGUCGCGACGGAAGUUAUAAUUUGCCGCCGACCAGGCCGAGUCCAGUCGAGACAAAAUACUACGAUGGUAGUAGGAGCGAGUGCAAUAUGAGGAAGGACUUUUAUUAUACUCGUAACAACAGAAUAUUAAUAGGAAGUAAUGUGGACAGUGGGCUCGGGGAAAGUACACCGCAGGAAUUUUCAAGUUGCUGCUCAAGUUCCGCCGACAGCGCUAAGCCUAAUCGGGUACCGCAAAUGCAAUUAGGGGGAGAGGUACGCUAUGAACUGUCUCCAAAUCAAGAAAUCUACCCUCCUGUUGAUACUACUCUGGAUGCUGUUCUUCAGCCCAUUAUAUCAACUUUAACAAGGAGACAACGGAACCGCCCGAAAUGAGCUUGAAGCUUUAAACAAAUACAAAAUAGACAUUUAUGCACAUAUUGUAUAUUUAAGAAAGUUUUAUACCUCAUUCAAAUUAAAUAUCUAUAAUCCCAUCAAUCACUGAAUCUUAUGAAAUGGAACAACGUAAACAAUGAAUUAAAUGCGCAGCACUUUUAUUCCUUGAUUAAAAAAGUGUCCCUAAUCUCAUCUAGUCUUUAUUUAGCUCUCUUUAGAUGCCAUGUGCCUCAUUAGGUUUCCUAUAAAUUUUUCCAUCUUCUUUAAAUCUUGUGCUAUCUCUGUUUUAUAUUGUAGACACUAUGGAAGAAAAUUAUAAAUGUAUUAUUUAAGUAGAUUUUUAAGACUUACAAGGUAAGUUGUAUAAGGAUAAAGCUUACCGUUCUGUUAUCUGUAAGUUUUAGACAUAGAACACCUUUAUUAUGGCAAUAUUUCAUUGUAUACCGAGCCUAAAAUGACAAAAUAAUAAAUUAUAGACUUCAUGAUUAUUGAACUAUUUAUAAAUGUGA